GGCAGAAUCCCCAGCCCCCGCAAAAAACUACAACUCCCAUGAAACAAUGAAACUUCCACUCUUCAAAAUGGCUGCACCGUUUCCCUUCGUAACCAGAAUCGCUUUUGGUCAUGGUGUCGCCGCUUUCCAUCCAGGGCAAGCUGCCUACAAAUCCCAGCAUGCAAUGCGACAGAGGCGGUUUUUAUGCAUUCGUGCGAACGGAGACUAGAGAAGAGGUGCAGGGGAACGUGGUGGUCGGUCGCUGGGUGCUCGCUGGAGGUCGCUGGGAUUGCACGGGGACGAGUGGAAGGGCGGACGUCCUCACACAAAGCGCCCACCAGCACCUCCCCCCCGGGACAUGGGUUGAUUUGGUCCAGUGGAGCAAGAAAGUCAGACUCUUGUCCCGUUGAAGCAUUUAGUCCUCAAGCUGAUUUUGUGCUGAAAGAGAAACGAACCGGAGAGUCCAGUCUGAGGAGAACAUGUUGCAUGCGAAAGUGAAAAUAGAGAAGCCAGAUCUAGAGACGGCCAGUGCACGAAACCGUCUUGAUGCCGUGCUGCAGUGUCUGCUGGAGAAGAGCGAUGUCGAUCGGGAGCAGAUGGAAGACGACUCCGGAAAGGCAACGUCAGAUGCACUCAGCAAGGACUCGUCACCUACAGCCCCAGGGAAAAGGCCCUCAGCUAGAUUUUCCCAUCACCGCCGAAAGAAGAGGAAGGAGACGGAUGACAGUCUUGCUGAGGGUGGACAGCAGAAGCAAAAUACUUAUGUCAUCAAGCUGUUUGACCGGAGCGUGGACCUUGCGCAGUUCACUGAGAGCACCCCGUUGUACCCCAUCUGUCGGGCCUGGAUGCGCAAUAGCCCCAUGGUGCGGGAGCAGGAGCGGUCUCCCAGUCCCACUCUGCCCCCCUUGCAGGAGGAUGAAGAGGGCACUGAGGACCUGAACGGGAAGGGUCAGGACAUCUACAAGCUGCCACCUCCGACCCCCUGCCCAACAAACCCCUCGGGGGAUCCCGUCAACCUGCGUAUCCCUUCUCCGAUGGAGCCUGAGGAAGAAUCAAAAGUAGUUGUUGACACGGGUCCCGAUUCAGUGCCAUCCAUGUCCUCCCUCAUCUACAAGAACAUGGAACGAUGGAAAAAGAUUCGACAGAGGUGGAAGGAGGCCUCGCACAAGAACCAGCUGCGCUACACAGAGAGCAUGAAGAUCUUGAAGGAGAUGUAUGAGCGGCAGUGACGGAGGAUGCGUUUGGUUUGCACCUGAAUUCCUCACUGUUGCCCCCUCAUUCUUUUGAGUCCCUUAUUCUGCCAGAAUCCCUCGCUUUCUGGGUUAUUGGGAGUUGAUCAAUAAACCCAGUAUUUGGAGUAA